CACCUCAACCUCCUUUGUAAAAACAUUCCUUACGUCAUCACGUCGUGUUUGAACGUGGCGGCGCGAUACCAAGCAGUACAGCCCAGAUAAACUUUACCUGUAGCUAGCAAGCUAGUCUCACUUAACUGUAGUUAAAAAGGAAAAGAAAUAGCAGAGAUCAUAUUUGUAAGCCGGCAUUAAAUGGCAAUUAAUGUCUUACAAAGUCUGGUAUAUUUGUUCAAAGUGAUCAACAACGGUUUUUAAUCGCGAUAGCCCAUGACUGCAAUGACCUGUAAAUUAAGUGGCCUUUUCAGCAUUGGCGAGGACUUUGAAGAUGAGGACCUGCUCGAGACAGACUGGGCUUCCUGCUCCGUGUCUGGACCAGCCAAUGUGGCAGCUGCUGUGUCAUCCUGUGCUCUGCGUGCCUCCUCUGUUACUCACAGAGAGCCGGAGAAAAUUUGCCUCCAGCAAACUGGAGAGAGAUCAGCUGCCCCGUGCAAUGGCACAGCAUCAGAGAGCAGCACGCACACUACUGCUACGGGACAAACUGUUGCUUUGGGGUUGAGACGGCUCUCAUCUUCCUCUCAUUCCCGCUCUCCUCUCCCUACUCCUUCUCCCACGUUGAAUAACUCUGAGCCAAAUCGGGCAACACAACAGAGUCACGCUCACGCUAAGGGGCUGCCGAAGCCCUGUGUGGCUCAGGAUGACUUUGAUGACUGGGAUGUUGACCUAGCAGACCUGGAGGAAUGUGAUGGCCAAAUGGGACGGAUGCCUGAACCUCCUGCUCCACGUGCACCCACAGUAGAGCCUCCAGCCAAAAUGCUGCGACCCUCGACCUGUGGACAGACUCAGACACUACCUGUUCGGACAGUGAGGGAGCUUAGCGCUGCAUCCAAGACUUCUAGCUCCACUGGUCACAAUUUGGCUACUUUUCCACCUGUCCAACAUCCAAAUCCAUGUCCUGCUUUCCCAUUAGCCCCUCCACAGAAGUCUGACGUUUUCCGUGGCUUCACUGCAACUUCUCCAGCCCUGAGCUCUUUUUCCAGGACGGUUAACAAACCUCAGCAGCCACAGAAAACAUGUACAACUCCAAGACCCUCCUCUCAGCCCCGCAACCUCUUUGAUACAGUCUCCCCGGCACCUCCUUCCUCCCCCUCUCCCUCUGUGAACUCUCAUCCUCUUCACACGCCAGUACUCACCAAUCGCCUGGUCCAGCUAGUCUCUGCCUCCAAUAAGCUUCCCAAGAAGAGGCCUCGCUCAGAGCCACGCCAGCCCAGGACCCGGCGCUUCCCUGGUCCAGCUGGGCUUCUGCCACAGCAGCCUCAGGGUCAGAACCUGGAUGAGAUUGUGGUUUCUGUUCCUCAGACUCCUGCCCAUGGGGCUGUGGCUCGACUACCAAGUCAGGCUUCCAGCUCACAGACUGAGGAAGAAGAGUUCAGUGGCGGUGCCUGGGCAGCGAUGAAGAUGGAGAUGGGAUUGGAUGAGAGGCAUCCAUCAUGUUUCCUGCACUCCUACAGUGUGGUCAUGGUGCUUCGCAAGGCUGCACUGAAACAGCUGGUCAGAAAUAAAGUUCCAAACAUGGCUGUGCUUCUGAAGAGCAUCGUCCACACGCAUGCUGAUGCCAAGGCAGUGUUUAAGGACCCGACAGGGGAGAUUCAGGGAACUAUUCAUCGGCGUCUUUUAGAGGACAGAGCAGAGGAGCUUAAGGUCGGGGCUGUGCUGCUGCUCAAACAAGUGGGUGUGUUUUCCCCCUCCCAUCGUAACCAUUACCUGAAUGUAACUUCCAAUAACCUGCUGAGGAUCUACGCUGCUGAUGGAGUCAGUCUGACCUCCACUCAGCUUCCCCCUCUGGUCCUGGAGCCGAUGUUGCUGUCACCCACUCAGUCUCCCGGUGUCCUUCAGGAGCCAGUUUCCUGCAUGCAGCUGAUGUUUGAUGAAGAGGAUGACGAGGGAAAAGAUUGGGAAAGACACACAGAGCGAGAGGGAGACCCUCGAGCCCCUGUAGACAGUGGCAGAGGCUCCCUGGAGCGUGGUGGGAGCACAGCACCACAGGAGCCAAGCUGGGAUGCAGAUGAUGACCUGGAUGAACUGCUGGGAGAAUUGCCCGAGGAUGCCUGCAGCCUAUGAUGGAAACUUCACAUGAAACUUUACAGACUGUCUCCCAGGACUUGCAUUAUGACUGACUCACCUUGCACUUCUACCCUCAUUUUCCUUUUGAGUCACCUUCUAAACACCGAAAUACUGGUGAAACGAUGUACAUGUUGUUUACUCAAAACUGUUUCAGAUCUGUUUAUAAAUACAAACAGAGAAUAGUCUUGAAUUAA